AUGGAUGACCAUGAUGAUUCCUUCGACUUGGCUCUGGCCACAAUGGAAAUACCAGUACCGGCAAAAAUUCCUCGAAAGGAACCAACACCACCUGCAAGGAAACCCACAAUUCCACCAAAGCAAAACAACCCGCCAGCAGCUACCACCACAGCAGUACAAAAUAACAAACCUGAUGAAAUUCCUAAAACUGCUGCAAAAAUCACUGCCUCAAAUCCCCACUGCAUCCUGGUACAUACGAAGCAGAGAGGAAAUCCCAUAUUAAAAUCUAUACUAAAUUGUCCCUUAGAAUAUCGUGAUGAUAUUAUACCAGAUUAUGUUGUGGGCAGGACAACUUGUGUGCUGUAUUUAUCGUUGAAAUAUCAUCAGUUGAAUCCAGAUUAUAUAUGUCAGCGGCUAAAGGAGUUGGGUAAACUAUUUGAAUUACGUGUCCUGUUGGUGCAGGUUGAUAUACCCGAACCACAUGGAGCUCUCAAAACACUUACACGUAUUAGUCUUUUGGCGGAUUUAACAUUGAUGUUGGCAUGGAAUUCCGAGGAGGCGGGGAAAAUUAUUGAAACUUACAAACUUUUUGAGAAAAGGCCACCGGAUUGGAUCAUGGAACGUGUGGAUGCGAAUCCACAUCAAAAGCUUGUCUCUGCCCUAACGAACAUAAAACCUGUCAACAAAACCGAUGCCACCACGUUAUUGCAAAAUUUCGGUAGUUUGGAAAAAAUCGUAAAUGCCAGUGAAGAACGUUUGUCACAGGUUACGGGUCUGGGACCACGUAAAGCCAAGAAAUUGUACAAAACCCUACAGGAACCUUUCCUAACAAAAUAA